AUGGCAAACUGUUUUGUUUUAUGUGCUCUUUUCCUGACCGUUGCUGUUCUCGUGUGUUCUGCACAAGAGGAACAAGAUAUCAGUGUGCGGUAAGGCAACUAGAAAUGGUUAACCAGGGCGUUCUGUUUCACAGCGCGCAGAAGUAACUAAGUAUAAAGUUAGUCUCAUGAUUGCAGCUAGCUUAGUCGGAAAAUAGCAACCAAAAUCCUAGUGAAGCGCAAUUUUAAUCACAUUAUCGAUAUCAUGAUCGCAACUCUUUGGUAGUCAGUUCAACAAAACGUUUUCUGUCCGCGUCAGCAUGAAACAUUUUAAGUGGCAUGCAUUUUAUCUUCCGUUAAAACGUAAGCUGCUGCCAAAAUAUCGUUAUUUUUAACGAAGUAAUUCUAGUCCAUCGAUGUACAUCUACUAGGUUUUGUGUAUCAAGUCGACCGUCCGCCCCCAACACUCGGCACUUACAUUAAAAGGUGAAUUCCCUCCCAUUCCUUUGUUCAUGCAAUCAAUAAUUUCUAUUUGCAGGAAUCUAAAGCAAAAGCGAAAGGUGCAAGACACUUGUCAAGGCCUUCCUGGAUUACCAGGACGAGAUGGUAAGAUUACUAACAUUGCUGUAUGGUGCGUUAACGCCAACAGAGAAGUCUGAAUUUGGAAUAGCCAACAAAACGUUUGGUGUGAACGCAACUGGACGAAUUGAGAUUCAAUUUACGGAAACAAUAAAGAUUUGAGUUCGCCUUUCGAAAUCGGCUGGAAAAUUGUUUCAUCUUCAGAUUAAUAAAACAAAACUGAAUGGAACCAAGUUCUAAAAUUAUACGACAUUUGCUUUGUCUUAAAGCACAACAUUUAUACUUUAAUUCUUUAAUUAAACUGUGUUUCUUAUUUCAUAGGGCGUGACGGGCGUGAUGCAGGAUUAAUGGGUAAGACAAUAACUGCUUUUUGUAUAAACAAUUACUAGCGGGCAACUAGGUAUUCGAUCUAAAUUAAUUAUAGCUCUAAAGCCUUUACUUGUUUUCAUACGUAUCAGAGGAUCGGACCUGCUAUAGAGAUAAAUAGUUAUGCCCUGGAACUCCUCACUGUCAGUCAAAUAUCUCUUUUGACGGAGAAAACUAACAGAAUUCAAUUAAAACAAGCUUUGUUGCUGCAGUUCUUACAAGAGGACCAUGGCAACCAAAGUGUGAGAGGAAAUAGCCUGGGUCCGAGGUUGGACCAAAUGUUUUAAUGUUCUCUAUAUGUUCGUUUCCACAGGUAGCUCUGGCAAACGAGGUCCGAGAGGACCUCGUGGACAAGCAGGGAAGUCAGGGGGUGUCACAGGUGGUGCAGUGUACACCAGGUGGGGAAGAAAGACAUGUUCCAACAAAACAACCCAAUUGUAUUCAGGUAAAUAA